UCCUCCUCCUCCUCCUCCUCCUCCUCCUCCUCUUGGAUCACACAAGCCCGCCUGCUUUCGUCCACUUUAUAUUUUUCCCCUCUCUCUUCGAAACCUCUCACUCUCUCCACUGUCUCUUGUCUCUUAUCUCUUCCUCUCUCUUCCUGUCUCUUCCCUCGCUGUCUGUCCUUCACUUCUCUUCAGCUGCCAGGAGCUCACCGGCUCGCCGCUCUUCCUUCAACCAGUGAGGAUCCAGAAGCACUCGGGACGAAGACUCUGUCAGCGGAAGUUGACUGCAGGGAGUAAAGACCCCAACAGCCCACUGAUGGGUGCUCAGGCAGAGCCAAGAUGGCAAUGAGCAGCAUCCUCAACACUGAUGACAUCAAGAAGGCUCUACAUGCAUUUGCAGCUGCUGACUCCUUUGACCAUAAGAAGUUUUUCGAGAUGGUGGGUCUGAAGGCCAAGCCUUUUGACGAUGUGAGGAAGGUCUUCACGGUGCUGGAUGCCGACAACAGCGGCUUCAUAGAGGAGGAGGAGCUCAAAUACGUCCUGAAGGGUUUUGCCAAAGAUGGCAGGGACCUGACAGACAAAGAAACCCAAAAAUUUUUAAAAGCAGCCGACAAGGAUGGAGACGGCAAGAUUGGAGUUGAUGAAUUUGCUGCACUGGUGAAAGAAUGAAGAGUCACCCGUAGUGUGAAUUACUAGUGCUUCAAGAUCACCUCCUAACCAUCGCAGCAUCCUGGCUCCCCCCCCCCCCCCCCCCCCCCCUGACUCCCAGCCCACUAGACUGCAGUUGAUUCCUGCUCCACACACUUCUGUGUGCGACCCCCCCUCCCCCUCCCCCCUAUCCACACAUCCUCAAAUAUUCUCAUAUCCUCGAGUUAUAUUCAUCCUACUUAUGUUAUCCUUUUUAUACAAACUGUUGUUGUGUUUACAUAUAGAUAUAAAACUUGCCUGCAGGAAUAAACAUCACAUUCUAGCAUUUAGUAGUAAAUAAAAAAAAGAGAAUAUCAUAGAAUAUAUUGAGAGAAAGACCUUCAUUCCCUUAUGUAUGUCCCACUUCACCCUAUUCUUAUAUUUCUUUUUCUCUUAGCCACCACUUCCCCUCUUACUUCGUGUUGUUGUUUUUCCCCUUCUCUGUCGAUUUCCCUUCACACUGUUCCCUAUCUGAAUUUGCUCCCCUCUUCUCCCCUCCCACACCAUCACCCCUACUAUCUAUUCAUACUUCUCCGUCCCUAUCCCCGCUGGUUAUGAGCUGUUGUAAAACAUACCAAAAGAAGAAAGAGGUCAAGCUGUGAAAAAGUAAAAUAAAAAAAUUAAAAAGCCUCAAGAACACCGACUCA